GCCCACAAUUCAAGUUGGGAAAAUGGAGGGGGCUCUUGCGUCGGUGGCCCUUUCUGCUCCGCGGGACGUGGAGAGAGUGGCCGGGACAAACGAUGGGGCCCCGGUUCUUGCCACUUCCCGAAAAGACUUCCGGGUGCGUUGCACCUCGAAGCGGGCCGUGACGGAAAUGCUAGAACUGUGCGGCCGCUUCGUGCAAAAGCUGGGGGACGCGCUGCCAGAGGAGAUUCGGGAGCCCGUGCUGCGAGAUGCGCAGUGGACUUUUGAAUCAGCUGUGCAAGAGAAUGUCAGCAUUAAUGGGCAAGCAUGGCAGGAAGCUUCAGACAAUUACUUUAUGGAUUCUGAUAUCAAAGUCCUUGAAGACCAGUUUGAUGAAAUCAUAGUCGAUAUAGCCACAAAACGUAAGCAGUAUCCCAGAAAGAUCCUUGAAUGUGUCAUCAAAAUCAUAAAAGCAAAACAAGAAAUUCUGAAGCAAUACCACCCUGUUGUACAUUCACUGGACCUAAAACAUGACCCUGAUCCAGCCCCUCGUAUGGAAAAUUUGAAAUGCAGAGGAGAAAAAAUAGCUAAGGAGAUCAGUGAAGCCAUGAAGUCCUUGCCUGCAUUAAUUGAACAAGGAGAUGGAUUUUCCCAAGUUUUAAAGAUGCAGCCUGUUAUCCAGCUGCAGAGAGUCCACCAAGAAGUGUUUUCCGGUUGUUGUAGAAAACCAGAUGUUAAACCUGAGAGCUUUAUAGCACAAAUAGAAACCACACCAGCAGAGAGUUCUGCUAGGAAAGACACUGACUUGGUACUGAGAAGAAAGCGAACUAAAGAGUGCCCCCAGAGAAAAUGGUAUCCACUGCGGCCAAAGAGGAUCAGUCUUGACACCUAAACUCUUUUUGUUUAUCUUGGGAGUUGAGAUUGGGCACUAUCAACAUUUAGAUUCCAGCUUAAUGCCUGGACGGGACUUCAUUUAAAACAACAGAUAAGUAGUGAUUCUUUUACACAAAUAUAGUAGCUCUGUGCUGGGGUAUGAUGUAAUAUCGUAUUUCUUUCCUCACCUUUGCAUUGAUAGUCAGUGAAAAGCCUAUUGUUUGAAUAUUGGCACAAAGCCUGUCAAUGGUCAUUAAGAGUGCAAACUUUUACUGUCCUUGAAUACCAUCAACACUUGGCUGCCUUACAGCUUUUAUGGAAUUUCAGAAGUAACAUAUUCCAUUGGGUUUCCUGGAUAUACAUAUUUCUUUUUAAAAAAGAGCUGUGUGACAGUUGUCAUUAUUUAAGGACUGAAAGUCAUCAUCAGUUCUGCACAGGAGCAGAUGCAGUCCUCCCCCACCCCUGCAAAGCAGUUUGAUUUAUCAAACUAGCGUGC